AUGGAAUCGAACCUUGCCCGUUCCCCUUCCGAAAUAUCAUACUCGCCAGAGGGCUCCCGAGGCUCUACUCGCAACACGACGCCCGAAUUCGAGGCUUCAUCGGCACCGAACGGUAUCUCCAACCUGCAGAUCAGCGACAGAAAGAUGGACAGCUCCCGCGUCGUCUUCUUCGAUUCCGAGAACCCGCCUCAGCAGUUUUAUCCUCCCGAAUAUUCUCAGUCUGGAUCUGGGCAAACCUCGAUGAGACACAACCUUGCAAACGCUCCCCGUAGCGUCGAUGCCCCAAACUGGCACAUGGGCAUGAGUAUGGGAGGCGGUCAAGGCCACAAGCACUACAGCUCAUUCAGCUCGUCGGCCAGCGGCACCGAGUACAUGAUCAUGGGAUCACCAGUGCAGGAACGUCAGGCUUCGAGCAUGGGAAGGAACACGAAUAUCGACACUUCGGGCUUCCAUGGCUACUGUCUGGAUCGCGGAAACGGCAACUACACCAGAUUGAUUCCUGCUGACUCGCUUCCACCUUUGGUUGGUAUACCGGCCAUUCAGAAUGGGGCUGAAGGUUUGCUGGUUCUCCCACAGCCUCGAGGCGCGGACCCUCAGAACUUGGCUGGCAGCCCUGUCCAGCCUGUUGCCUUUAGAUCACCUCCGUCUUCACCGGCACCGGUAUCUGAUGCCCUUCAGAUCGUAGCCACCUCCCCCAACUCGCCAAAGAAGCCCAAGAUCUACUGUGACAAGUGGGUUCACGAGGGCGUCUGCGCAUUCACCCAGCAAGGUUGCAAGUACAAGCAUGAGAUGCCCCUUGACAAGGCAACACAGCACUCACUUGGUCUUUUCCAUGGGUUGCCAGCGUGGUGGAAGAAGCAGCAGACAGAAGUCCGGCAACAGCAACAGCAGCCUCAGCAGCCUCAGGGCAGCGGAGCUGAGGUCUACCUUGACCUUCGUCAGCAAUCUCAAAGCGGCCCGGAUUCACCCAUCAUUGGUGAUAGGGGUCUUGCUGGCUUGACAAGAGCGACGCCGUCGUGGCGGAGAGGUGAGGGUGGCAGGGGCCAGGGACAGAUGAGCGCAGGAUCACUGGCGAGACCCGGCGCAGGAUACAGGAGCUCGCCUGACUCGAGAUCUACGUACCAGCAGAAUGUGGACUCGCCUACCUCCUCUUGUGUCUGGGGCCCGAUCGGUCCGCCUUCGAAGCAGACUCCCGACCAGAAUCCGCGCACCUACCAGAACAUGAGUGCCUUCGCCACUUCCAACAACUUCGCUUUGCUGAGCUCUCUUGACGCGAACACGGGUGAGAGGGGUGGAGGCCUCAGGUACGAGACUUACUAG